GACACCGCUGUCGUAAACUGACAGCGGUGUCGUGUCGUUAUUUUGGUGCUGAACUUCAAACUUAAAUGUCGAACUUCCGUUUUCUUAUCGUUAAGAAACUAUCUCGGUAUAUUUUACCAAAACUGGCGACGUGAACAGAGCACGUUGGUUUUGAGUUCACCACAUCCCAGCUGUUUGUGGAUCCUGAUGAUGGGUUUCUGGCAGCCGGUGACUAAUCUUAGAGAUUAUGUGUCCCAGAAUCCUCCAGGAGCGACUUUUUUCCUGUGUUUGCUCACUCUUGCUAUUUCAUUCAUCUGCUUCAGCUCGUACAGCUACACUCACACUCUGCCUAACCCAGACAUAACAAAGGACUGGAACCGUGUGUUGUCUUCCUUUUCAAGAUUCCAACUAUGUGUGAAAGCAAAUGCAAGUUCACCUGAGCUGAGUCCCUCAGUCCACCCACCUCUAAUUGAGCCAGAAGAGGACAGAAAGACUUCAGUUAACUCAAUAAAGAGUCCUUCUCCUGUCACCUAUUUACAUCUCAAGGUUCCUCUUGCUCUUGUGACUUCCAGCUCUCCAAGUGCCUCGCUGACAGAUCUCAGUCUACACACAACCUUGAGAGCCAGUCAGCUACGUAUUGGGGGCAAUGAAAUUGUUAAUUUGAGACUAGAGUUUCUAUCUGACAACAGUACCUAUACCUGCCUCACUAUAAGUGCCCCAAGUAACCUCCUGCCCAAUAGUGUCCUACCUCCGGAGUGCCCUGAAUCAGAGAAAAAUAUUUCAUCCAUCUAUGUGGAAGCGAGCAACCAGCCGCCUGCGGCAUCACAAACUUGCUACAGUCUGCACUCCAAGAACGAUCCCACUCUUACAGUUAUGUUAACAGAGGAGGAACAGGGUGUGGCAGUGCAGCAUCUGCUGGAGGUCAGUGUGUGUCUCCUCGGAGUUUGUUUCAUGCUCUGUUUAGCUGCUUGUCAGCCACAUACACUAAAACGCCGCAGCCAAUGGAACGGACGGAACCAACAAAGUGAGCCCUUGAUAGACAGCUGAACAAUUAACUCAGCUGAUGGUUGAAAGAGAGAGAUACGCCAUACUACCUAAAAUGACAUCAAACAGAAGAAACCAGUUUGUUGGUAGAGUGCUACUGACUGUGGAAACAUUUGUAUAAUGCUGUUUUGGAGAAAGCUCUCCUAAACUCAUACCAGAGACUAAAGUCAGGCUAUAUCAGCCUAUGUUGGAUCAGUUCUGACCAAUUUAUCUGUCUAUCACAAGUUUUGCACCAUUGUGAAUGUGCAAUAUGUAAAAUCCAUUUGAGAAACAUGGCCAUGGUAGAGAAGGAGGUAUGAUUCAUAAUAUGCUUAUCAAAAUAAAGACAAAAACAAAUGUUAAAAGAAGUUGGUGCUCAAGAAAUUGCUCAAAAAUCAAGAAAAUUGAUUUAAUUUAAGUUAAAAUUGCUAUCAUAUGUGCCUUAUGUUGUGUGUGUGUGUGUGUUUUUUUUAAUAACGAAGUGUUAACAGGUCCUUGAGUCCUUCUGUGCAUUCAAAUUACCAGUGUUAUAAAAUGAUGUUCUACAGGAUUUCAUGCUCCUCAGAAACAAAUGACUGCAGGCAAACAUGUUUUUUUGCUUUAGGAAAGCUAAAGGAAUAUCUUUACUUGGGCUGUUUUUCUUCACAAGUAACAAAAAUGUGAUUAAUUUGUCAGUGUCAAAUGCAGGUAUUAUUGUAAUCACUGUACUGUAUGGUAACUGUAAUGACAAUGAUUCCUCAACCAUUUAGAGAAAUGUAAGCCAUGAAGACCUUGUAUACUGGCGGUAACAGUUCAUUUAAGCUAUCUCAUGGAACCUCUAAAAGAUUUAAUAUUGCCUGGGGUAUAAAACAAGGAUGCCUGAUAUCUUUUCUGUUCUUGUUAGUAAUGCAGAUAAUGACAGUGGACAUUAAAAUGAAUUAUUUGGGGGGGGGGUAACAGUUUUUGGGAAACAGCUGAAAUUGAGUCAGCUUGCUGAUGACACGAGAUAAACAGGAAGUCAAAAAAGUAGAUUUAGGAUCGGAUAGGAAUUUAGGAUGGUUUUGCUUUUAUUCCCUCUGAAGAAAUGUGAGAUAAUAAACAUAAAUUGCAUCCAUGUUAAACACACUGUAACCUGUCUAAGAGUCACUUUAUGUAAAGAUGCAAAACAGGUACCCUAAACUUUGAGCCAAUUGUUGAAAAAAUUAAGAGGAAGUUUAACCACUGGUUGAUGAGAGAUUUAUCUUUAUUUGGCUGGGUGCACUUAUCCAAAGCUGAAGGUAUAGCCAGAAAUGUAUAUGUUACAUUGUCACUUGAUAGCUCACAAAACGUCAUUAAAUAAUUAGACAAAGUAA